AUGCGUCUCAUCGAGCAAGUGACGGAGCCUAGCUGGAUAUGUGAGAAUGCCCGAAAAUCAACGGAGGAGGAAGGGCCUUUGCGAGAACAGAACCUUGCCUUGACCAGACUCGGAGCUGCUGCCAGUGCUAGGUUCAUAUCACCGCCCACCGGGCCAAUAUCCAGGACAUCUUCCAAAUUUGAAUCGCAUGAUGAGGGGCUCCUCAACGCCAUCACGCCGAUACUUUCCGUCGUCGGUCUAGCGUACUCUCUGCCGGCACCGAAAGAAAAAGCCCCCAGAAUUUUCGACGCUCCCAUCAACACUUGCGGGAAACGCACAUCAAUUCGUGUCGGUGACGGAGAUCCUCAUCAACACUUUUUGCACAUGCAAGUGACAAAUCCGUUAGCAUGCACAAACGGCGCCUGCUCCCUGAAUCACGCCAAUGAACACACGAUUACAUCCUCAAUAUCCGGAGGCAUCGGGGGCUGGGUCUCUGGCGGUUUUUCGGUCCAGGAAUCGUACACCACUGGAGAAGCACAAGACUGCGAUGGAGGGCCGGGAGAUGUAAUUUGUGUCUGGGUAUCCCUUGCCCAUACCGCUUACACCGUCAAAGAUUACGAUCCCGGCCUUGGUCACGGCUGUCUCAAAGAUGGCAAACCACGGGUGGUCAAGUCGCCUAAUAAGGGUUUCGUUGGCAGUGCCUACUAUUGUGGAUGGUCCGGCCCGGGUAAUCCUUUGAACCCAUCCCGCCGUGCCGGUGGCCCACACGCCGGCCUCGGUCUCACCAAGCCGAUUCUCAUCUCGCGGAAGAAGAACACCCACGGUAUCGGGAAGAAGGUUCACGAUCAUACGAAUCAAUGGUGGCUACGAGGUUUUGAAGCGGCGCUGAGCGGUAUCGCGAACGAUGGGACUGCAUCGCCUGCCACCAGUACGAGCGAGGAGAAUAGCAAUAAUGGCAAUAAUGGCAUGCGGAGUGAGCUGUACAAGUUCUUCGUAAAGGGUGAGGGUAUGAAGGGAACGAUUGGGACUAGAGUCGAUGCUGGUAGUGAAGCUCAUGGCACGAAGAGAAAGCGGGACGAGAGCACGCUUGAGCAUGAAGAUCGGGAUAGCAAAAAGGAGAAGAAGGAGAAGAAGAGGCGGAAGAAGGCAGCUUUGGAAGAUGAUGGGCGCGCCGACACUUCGGAGCGAAUACGGCGGGAAAAGAAGCAACGGAAAUCGAAGGAGGAAUUCAAAGGCUCCUCGACUAGCGAAGUAGAAUCGCGGACGAAACGGUCGGAGAAGAAAUCAAAGAACAGGCGGAAUGAAAAUGUAUCCGCCGAACCUUUAGAAACCGGCAUGGCAAGCAAAGAACCCUGCGUGGCCAAUGCCCAGUUAUCCGAAGAGGAUACCAAGAGGAAAAGAAAGGAGCUGAAAAAGACCAAAAAGGAAGCUAGGAAUGCAUCGGUCGAAGCCACCAGGACGUCCGGAAGCCGCAAAAAGCGCAAGAAGAAGGAAGACCAGGAGGAGGGAAUAUAG